GAUCAGAUCGAUUUUCUCAUUCGUUGCCCUGGACCUUGUGCCAGGAUAUCAUGCAUUGGCAGACUACUGCACAAUCGAUUGGAUGGCAAUGCCUGCACCACUCAUCACUCUGUAAUUCUCCUCUCCCUCCUGUCUGUCUGUCUUGUCUGUCUGUCGGGGGGGUCAUCAUGGUGGUGGUGGAGGGGGUGUGGUGUGGGUGGACUUGUUUGCGUUGGCGUCGUGGUGGCUCUUCCUUGCCGUCUGUCUCCCAACGCGGGCGCGCACCGCUUUCCCCGACUCUGAUUGUAUCGUAUCUCUUACAUGGCUGGCUGUCUGUCUGUCUGCCUGUCUGUACUGAUGCUGCCAUUCACUCGUUGUCUGGGCCUGGUGCGCUGAUUCACGCUUUCCGGCGCCCUGGCACGCACGUCUCCACGAGCAGAGUGGGCUCUCUAUACGGAUUUGGUACCUAGGGCCAUUCCCAUAUUCCAUUGUAUGGUACGGCAGCGGGAGCCCGGUGUUGGUGCAAUUCUUUUUCUUCUCUAAGAGCCUGCGGCUCGGCCCUUUUCCAUAGCUAGGAUCCGGCCGAAGGACUUAGGUGCGUGGGUAAGUGGGUAACUGCACUGCACUGUCUCUCUGUGCAGCGUACUUGGCCGAAUGCUGCAAGAAAACUGGCAACAGACUCCGUAUUCAGCAGUCUCUUUACCAUUUCCGAAAUGUCUCUGUAUACAUGUGGACGUGCUAUGGGAUUAUCAAGUCGCAAAGCCCGGC